AAAGGGCUGACAAUGUGUAUGAAAAUUACAACGUUAAACCUGUUCGAUCUGGAAGAGAGAUCACUGACCGCAACACAUUGAGAAUCCAGUCGUCUGAACUCACAGGAAAUGAUUCUGUGAAGAUCAGAGCAGCUUUGGUGUGUUUGGUGCUGCUGUGUGUUCUUCUGCUGAUCUCAGUCAUAGUGCUGUGUGUCACCUUCAAUCAAGAGAGACAACAACUACUAACUAUGAUCACCAGCCACACAGAAGAGAGACGACAGCUACUAACUAACAUUACCAACUUAAUUCAGCUAAACGUACAGUUCAUUCAAGAGAAAAAUGAACUGUUAAAGUUUAUUCAAGAUGGAUGGAUUUACUAUCAGUUCGGUCUUUACUACGUUUCCAAUGAGACGAAGAACUGGACUGAGAGCAGAAGAUACUGUACAGAGAGAGGAGCAGAUCUAGUGAUCAUAGAGAACAGACAAAAACAAGAUUUCAUGAAGAAAAUAUCCAAUGGAAGUGACGUCUGGAUUGGUCUGACCGACAGUGAAGUAGAGGGAACAUGGAAAUGGGUUGAUAACAGCACACUGCCCUCUGACUCUGGGUUCUGGAAACAAGGAGAACCCAAUGGAGGUACAGAUGAGAACUGCGCUUUCAGUGGUUCAGCAGGACUGUUUGAUUAUACAUGUUCUAACCUUUUAAAAUGGAUCUGCGAGAGGAAAAAUAUAGAAUGACUGUUAUGUACAAUACUUUUUCAGCCUAAAUAUUCUAGAAAACUUAAACAACAAAAUCUUUUGAGUAAUUUUGACAUUUACAAUUUUUCUCUUAACCGUUAACCUAUAAUGUAAAAUGUUGUAGCAUUUUUAAAGUCUAUACAAUUUUGAACUCACACUUUUAUCAUAUUUGUUAUCUUGCUCGCAGCCCUGUAAAGCUCAUUAAGUAUAAAUGUGUAUAAAUUACAGGCAUUAUUUGA